GAAUUUAGUUGCUUUACAGCGGUCGCCUGGUGAAUUUGUUCCGUUCGCGAAAAUGACACGACUUCUAAAUAAUAUACAACUAAUUUUAAUCCUGCAAGUAGUGCUAAACGGUAUCGCCGCCACCGAGGAUAUCACAUUGAAGUGCGAUGAAUUCGAGCGCAUGUACGAUAUGUCCACAAGUGAAGCUUAUUGCACGGUGUCCGGCUUCGUCGUGUCGCACAGUCAAAUCGUUAAAAUACAAAAAUAUCCCAAAGCGAACAAUACGAAAUUUAUGAAAUUCUACGAUUCACGCCUCCUUUAUAUACCCUUCAAAUUGUUCGAUGUCUUUGCCUAUCUGAAGACACUGGACGUGUCGUUUACGGAGAUUUUGGAUGUGCCACGCAACACUUUCGGCGCAGCGAGCAAUUUGAGCAUACUCAACAUGAGCAACAACAACAUUACACAAAUAACCACAUCUGUUUUUAUGGGCGCCAGCAAUUUGAUGCGGCUCGAUCUGAGUCACAAUCGUAUUGAGGUGCUGAAUGAGAACGCCUUCAAAGGCUUAAGUAGUUUAGACAAGUUGCAGCUCUCAUAUAACUCCAUACGCAAGUUGCCGAAAGAUCUGCUGCUGGAGAAUCAGUAUUUGUCAACAAUAGCGAUUAACAACAAUCGCUUGGAGUACAUUGAACCCGAAGUAUUCAAUCGUUUGCGACGCAUUGUUGACGUCAACUUAUCCUACAACAAUAUCUAUCGCUUACAUCCGGACAGCUUUCAGUCAGCAUAUGGUUUGGAGAAUCUGCUGUUGACCGCCAAUAAUUUGACCGAAUUCGAGAUGGGUAAUAAAAGCAUACUGACACAGCUGCAGGUGGAUUACAAUAAUUUAACGCGUAUUUACGUUAACGGUACCAAACAUGUGCGUGCCGAUCACAAUCGCAUCACCGAAGUGCAAAUGAUCAAUACACUGUUCUUGGAAACCUUAAUACUUGGCUCGAAUAAUCUGAGCGAUAUUAAGAAUAUCACGAAUAUCACCGGUCUGCUGCAGCUGGACUUGGCUAACAACCCGAUUGGACCGGUCAAUAUCACGACGUUUGAUCGCUUGAAACGGCUCCGUGUGCUUUCAUUGCGUGCGAUCGGUUUGUGGCAACUUACUUUUGGCAUGUUCUCCAAGCAGGUGAAUUUGGAGACACUCGAUUUGUCUUAUAAUAAUCUAACCGAAGUGAAUUUGGAUAUGUUUGUGCCGUAUCUGUCCAACCUGCGUUAUCUUUAUAUCGAUGGCAAUAAUUUGACCGAAGUACAUGGUAAAGGUGGCUUCUCGUAUGUCUUCCCGAAUCUCUCCAAACUCGGCGUAUCGCGCAACCAGUUCAAUUGUACCUACUUGCAUACACUACUGGUGCCGCCGCAACUCUCCACUUCGGUGAUGCUGCACAUCGAGCCAGAGGAAAAUGCUGCCGAGCGCUCACACAUACGCGAUGUAUCCUGCGUCAGCACUUCGAAGGGUGUGGAUAAGGCCGCGCUACAAGAGGUCGAGCAUGAGUUGAACGAUAUGAACACGUUACAAGCAGUGCUGCAACAAUCGAUGAAUACAUUGCGUCUGCACGAGAAACGUCUGGAGUUGUAUUUGUUGCUGAUGAAGAUCGCUUUGCUGGCGAUGGUCGUGCUUUUGGUCGGCGUUGUGGUGGUUUAUGCGUGGAAAAUCAAGCGACGCGAGUACUUCUCCAGACGGGGAGCGAGUAUUGUUUUUCAUUCUAGUGCAACAGUCAAUUCAAAUAUAGAGCAUUGUGCCGAAUGAGUGAUGUGGCGAAUGCAGCGGAAAGAAUACCAAAGAGAACUUCAAGUGAUUAUGUAAAAAAUACUCUCCACAAAUGUUGCGAAUAAAACUAAGAACCUAAGAUAAGAAAACUCUAUAAAAAGAAAGUGUGUUACAAUAAUGUGCCGCAGUUCAAAUAAAAAAUAAAAGAUAAUAAAUAAAAUAUAUACAAAAAAUAUGAAAAAAGUGAAAA